AUGAUUCUAGCUCCCUCUUUGGCGCCGGUCACCGGCGCUGGCGCCAGUGCAGCACCUUCAGGCCGACAGCUGAGCGCGGCGCGUGCACCGGUGCUGCUAACUGCGAGUGCUGCGAUCGCGCACGGAGCAAGACGUGUGGCGCGCGUGGCGAGGGCGUCAACCAGCAGGAGCACCUUCUGGCGCACCGCUGCGCUGGCGGGUGCUGCCACCACCGCCGCUGGCGCCAAGGGUGCUAAGGCAGAGGUCCAGGUGGUGCAAGGCAUCCGGCGGAAGAAGCUGGGCUUCAGCGAUCUCUACGUCUCCGAGAUGGGCCUCGGCACGCAGCGUUGGGGCAGUGCAGAUUUCAAUGGACCAGAUGAAGCGCUUUGUCAUCGGAUGAUGGACCGGGCCAUUUUGGAAGGCGGGGUGAACUUGGUCGACACCGCCGAGCAAUAUCCCAUCCCCUCGGAUGCUUUGCGGCCGGAGGGGCUGACGGAAGAGAUCAUCGGCAAGUGGGUCGCCAAAGACAAGACGCGACGAGAUAAGAUCGUGGUCUCCACCAAGAUCACUGGAGGGUUGAAUGUGAAUGCUCAAAACAUCCGAGAUGAUUUGGACGCCUCUUUGAAAAGGUUGCAAUUUGACCAUGUGGACCUUUAUCUGACACACUGGUCUUUUCGCAUGUCCCAGCCGCAGCAGAAUUGGGGUCAAUCGCUCCAGUACCGCCCCACUUUGGAGAAGAUUGCGCGACGUGAAGGGCAGGCCACCUUUGAGGAGGUGGUCCAAGCCAUGGACAAGUUGGUGAAACAAGGCAAGAUCCGUGGCUGGGGCUGCUGCAAUGAGAGCCCCUAUGGCGCCACACGCCUUGUGGCCACGGCCAAAGCCAUGGGUGCCACGCCGCCCUGUGUCUUUCAGAACGACUACUCCAUCUUGAAUCGAAGAUGUGAAGAAAAUGGUCUCUUUGAGAUGUGCUCUCCCUACAACGAAGAUGUAGGCUUCAUGGCCUACAACGUUUUAGCUGGUGGAGUGCUCACCGGCAAGUACCUGGACGCUCCGGCCGCCCCCGAUGAGCCAAACCCCAUGGCCAGCUUUGCCAGGACCACCAGCCCCAGGGGUCGUAUGGACGACCUCUCGUGGGGCCCCACCUUGUACCGCUACCGCUCCGCUGCCGCGCUGGACGCCACCAAGCGCUACGCGGCGCUGGCGAAGGAACAGAAGAUCCCCUUGACGGAGCUGGCGCUGCGCUGGGCCAAGCAGCGGGGUGGGAUGACCACCGCGUUGGUAGGACACACCUCCAUGGAACAACUGGAGGAAGAUAUGCGUGCCAUGGCCAAGCCAGAUGCCUUGCCUGAGAAGUUGAUGUGGGAGAUUGACCCUUGGCUCUGUCAGAUGGAGUGGAACAACCGCUGCCUUCAAGGGAUGAAGCUUUGGUGCUUUUCUCUCCGUGCGGCCCUUGCUGAGCGCCUGAAGGCAGAGCGGCACGAACGUGCCCUUCUGAUGCUGAAGGGCGCCGCGAAGAGCCAGAACCCGAGUGCCCUCCAGAAGGCCAUUGAGGAAGCGCGUGAAGCCGAAGUCGCCGCGGGCGAAAUUCAGGCAGCUGAAGAGACCCUCACUGCACUGCUGCAAGAGGAGGAGCUGAGGAGGGCUCCGAAGCUCCUCAAGCCCACGCCGAAGCCCGCGCCGAAGCCUCGCGGCGCGGACGCGGACGACGCCGAAGCCCACGGCGACGGCGACGGCACGGGCGCGGUGAAGCGUGAAGCGCCAGAGCCGCCAAAGGCGGAGGAGUUGAGUCGAGGAAAAGCCUUGUUGAACGUCCCGGGCCUGAAGAGAAUGCAACUGCGAGUGCUCGAUAAAGUGGGUUGUGGUAUGAUUUUGCAACCUACAAAAUGGGGCAUGGUAGUUGAGGUGGUGGACCCCAAACCAGGCCAGCCGCUCCUGAAGGUCGGCGAUUGCAUCCAGGAGGUUGACAAACUCUCACUUGUGGGGCUUCCUCCGGACGAGUGCGAGGACACCUUCGGCGCCUCUUUCAGACAUGGAGUCUGGCUUUGCGCCCUUUCAGGUGCAGAGGCCGGCGUAGAUUUGAACGACUUGGAUGCAGCGGAGUUCGCCUACGACAGAUUUUUCUGCAAACAUGCUCUGAAGGAGGCGCAUGAAGAAGGCCCCUUGAGAUUGGCCAUUGCAGAGGCCCAGGUGGCAGGGGUGGACAGCGGCAGCCUGGCUGAGGCGGAAGCAAGGCUCAGGACCUUGACGGCGGAACGCGAGCUCCAAGACGCAGGAGUCUUGGUGGCUGCCCUCGAAUUGGCGGGCGUUGCGCAGGAGGAAGAUGCAGCCACCUACCGCGCAGCCUACGAGGAGGCCAAGGAAGCAGGCGUCGAUGAGAGGAAGCUGUCCGAGGCAGAGGAGAUCCUCUAUCGCUUGGAGCAGCCCAAGCAGGUCGAAUUGGAUGCGUCCUACUUUGACAGCAGCUUUCAAAACCUCAUGCAGCCACCGGCUUCACUUGAAGUGAAAGCAGAAGCACCCGUCUUUCCGCCCUUGCCGCCGAUCGUGGCAGUGCGUGAGAGUGAGACCAAACGAAGGAAGGCGGAGCACGGAGGUGCGUUCAGCUACACGGGACGCUAUUUAUCGAAGCUUCUGCUGGAGAAAGGCCAUUCCGUGGUGAAUCUUUCGAGUCGUUCCACACCCAUUGCAUCAUCCGGCCUCAGCAGUGAAGAAGCGCAGAGGAUCAGCACCUAUCCCUUGGAUUUUUCCAACGAACUGCUUUUGGGAAAGGCUUUGGAAGGCUCUUCCGUUCUUUGGUGCACCUAUUGGAUCCGCUUCGAGCGCGGCGACACCUUCGCCGCCGCCGCCCAGCGCUGUGCUCGUCUCUUCGAAGUGGCUCGGCAAGCUGGUGUGCAGCGCAUCGUGUUCACCUCGCACACGCACUCCACAGUGGAUUCGCCCUUCAGCUACAUCGCUGGCAAGGCCCAAGCAGUCGAGGCGCUCCGGAGCUUGGACGUGUCCUACGCCGUAGCGCGGCCUUGUGGCAUCUUCGGGGACACGGCGCAGGAGUCGAUUUUGAUGAAUAACGCCGCCUGGGUUUUGCGGCGAAGUCCACUCUUUUUGCUGGCGGGUGAUGGGCAACAACGAUUUCAGCCAAUCCAUGUGAGAGAUAUGGCCCAACUUCUUCUGGAACUUGGACAGUUAGACUAUCCAUCAGGCUCCACCCCUCCCAAUGAAGAGGUGGAUGCUUGUGGUCCUGAUGCACCAACUGCGCUGGAACUCUUCAAACAUAUUGGCAGGUCUGUGGGGUCCAGAGCCAUGGUGCUUGCGCCUGGGAUUCUCUCAACAAGACUGGUCACGCAAAUGACGAAGCCUAUCAACUGGAUCACAGGAGACAUUUUGCUCGACGGUGACGACCUUGAUUUGCUCGCUUCAGGCUUAACGGUGGCCGAGAGGCCCGACGACCCCCGCAUCGCAAGCAGGCGCAGCUUGAUGACUUGGAUCCUGUGGCGCAGUUGGGUUGGUGUUCUUUGGGGUGCUUUCAUGGUAGGGCAGAGAUGA